AUGGCGGCUGACAUUCCGCUGUUUACGCUGAAUGACGGCACUAAAAUACCAUCCGUCGGCAUGGGGUGCUUUAUGGGGGAAAUUGGAGGAGGCCAAAGAGUAUACCAGAUGUGUAUGAACGCAUUGAAGUGCGGAUAUCGCCACUUUGAUACGGCUUUCGGCUAUGGGAAUGAAGAGUGGGUCGGGCGAGCCAUCCGUGAAUCAGGAAUCCCUCGUGAAGAGGUAUAUUUAACUACCAAACUCCCAAAUCAUCACCAUCACAAAGUGCGAGAGUCCUUUGAAGAGUCCUUGGCGGCCCUCAACUGCGGCUACAUCGACUUAUACCUGAUGCACUGGCCACAAGCCGUAGCUGAACAUGAUGUUGACUGGCCCAACUUCCGCCUUACAGGCAAGGCAGUGGCCCCCAAUGAGCACCCAACUUUUAUCGACACCUACAAAGAAAUGGAGAAACUGUUAGAGGCCGGAAAAGUGAAAUCCAUCGGUGUCUCUAACUUUUCCAUCAAGACGCUUAAUGAGCUGCUCCCACAUUGCAAGUUUGUCCCCGCAACGAAUCAGGUUGAGCUCCAUCCGUGCUUGCCUCAGCACGAGUUGAAGACGUUCUGUGAAAGCAAAGGAAUACUGCUGACGGCAUACUCUCCAUUAGGUCGCCCAAUGACUGACGGCACCCCGCCUAUUUUCUUCCGACACGAGACAAUCCUGAGCGUGGCGGAGAAGAAAAACGCCACACCAGCACAAGUAGUUGUUAGCUGGGGUGUGCAGAGAGGAACUGUCGUUGUUCCUAAGAGCGAGAACGUGGAGCGGAUGAAACAAAAUAUUACCCUUGUUAAACUGUUGGAUGAAGAUAUGGACGCAAUUAACAACCUUCACAAGCAGCCUGGAAUGCACAGAUCGCUGCUGGCAUAUCACAAUAUCGAUCCGGGCAAUAUGAUGGGAUGGACAUACGCGGAUAUGGGCUGGGACAACAUGAAACCGGGAGGAAUCAUCUCACCUGUGAAUUGUCGACCAAUCGCGUGCCACGACAAGCGAUUUCCCUUUCUCGUCUUUCAUCUUCAAACGCGUCUCCCGCCUUUCUCAGCAAAGGACAUCAAGAUGCAAAACCAGUCUCUUGAAGAGAUGAUGCUGAGGGCUGGUGCCAUGGGGAUCGCAGCAUCGUGGGACAAAGGGCAGGGAAGGCCGCUAGAAAUGCUCAUUAAGACCAAGGGGUCCGUGAAAGGAGUCGAAGCGCAACGCCUUCGGACCUAUGCCACGUCGCAGUCUAUGGAACCCAAUCGUGACUUGGACCCAUAUGGACAAGCUCUUUUCAUGGGUGACCUCGAUAAGGUAAAGGCAGACUUCGAGAAACGCGUCGCAAGACACAAGGCUAAGGAUAGGACUGAAGACAAGGCCCGAAUGGCAGCCUUAGACGAACUGUACGCCAUGCACUGGGGUCCAACCAAAGUACCAAUUUACGACCUGCUGCUCCUUGCCACGCUGAUUCUCCCCGGCCUGCGUCUCCGCCAUCUUGCCGUUGCGGGUUGGCUUGUCUACGAAGCCAAGGUGCCGGUCGACGGAACGGACUUGACUGGUACUACUACCCUCGCGCAUUGCAUUUCAACCAAACCGGCAUUCGAUCCCGAGUUCGCACAACUGCUGUACGACGCCGGUGCGGAUAUCAAUCACCAAAAUCGGUACGGUGAUGUGGCGGCGAACGAGAUCUGUACGGUUUGGGACCGAAGGAAUGUUCCCCGUGCAGCGGAAGCGCUCACUUGGUUCCUCUCACACGGAGGAAACGUUGACAUCAAGGAGAAUGAAGGUCUCACCUGCGGAAGACAACUACUAACGACGGCCACGAAGAAAUGGCGAGUCGGGACGCUGACGAAAAUAGUGGAGGAAGAGGACGAGCGGCGGAAACGGAGAAACCAGUCGCAGGCCGACCCAUCCUCAAGCAAUUGGCUUUCAUCGAAUCCAGCGGCGCUCUCAGCAAGCACCCUUCUCUGCGAUAUCUUCCUCUUCGUCUUCGUCGCGGCUGAAGAAAUGGACUCGUUGACCAUUGUGACGUUCUCGACCUCUUCUUCGACAGAGGAGACGAGCAUGACCUACCCCCCGAUGGACGAGGAGUCGGCGGGCACGGGCGGAUUCUCCUACUGCGUCAUUGCAUGA